AUGGUCCUGCAAGACAAACACGCCCGCGCCGCCUCGCGUCGGUACCAACGCACGCACGCUCCGACUCCCGAACAAGCGGCAGAGCAUGCUGCGGUUGAUGCGGCGCUGAAAGAGGCGGAGGCGAGGAGGUUGGGGAGUAAUUUGGAUAGGUAUAGGGAGUGGGAUGAGGAGGAGCGAGGAGAGGGACAGGAGGGGGAGCAGGCGGGUGGGGAGGAAGAGGUGGAUGAGGAGGAGGAACGACGAAAAGCAGAAGAGAAAGCCGAACUCGACGCCUUCCUCGCCACGCAGCGCGAAAAGCUCCUCACCACCCCGCCUCCCGACUCGACCUCCUUAGACGAAGAAGACGACGAUGUGGACUACUCGUUCGCGCACUUGCGGAUAGGCGGGAAGGGCAAGAUGGCUCCGCCUGCUGGCAUGCGGCUGGAAGGGAUGGGCAGAGGGAGGGCCAAGGUGCAGGAUGAGAAGGACCUGGAGGAGUUGAGGAAGAUGCAGGACGAGGCGAGGCAUAUGCAGGCUGUGAGGGACCUCAAGGAUCGCUUCUCUGGCAGCGCUCCGCGGUCAGGACCGUCCUCGUCAACCGCUGCUCCGCGACGACCAAAACCCGGCGUACAGCCAGCAGCGAAGGGUCAAGACUUUCUCGACACUCUGCUUUGA